ACAGACGCAUAGUUUUUCCAAUUGCCGAUGAGCAGAGCAUAUCACUGUUCAUCAGUCUUUCUAUAUGCAUCUUGUAGUUUGAUGUGUAAAAUCAUCAAAGUGAGGUAAAUUAUUAACGAAUUUUUGGCGAAAGAUGGAAUCCAGUGGUUUAUUCAAUGGUGCUAUCAGAGUAAAAGAGGAGCCUGCUGCUACUGAUGUACCACUUAUUGAAAAUGAAGGUGUAAUGACUGACGAGAAACCUGAUCUGGAAAACUUUCGACUCUUACCAUUUCCUCGAGAAAAUUCGGCGGUCGAUACACUUCCAAAAUGUGACAUUAAACAUGAAAUAAAAUUUGAUGACGAAGUGGAAAUCGUUGUUGAAUGUGAAGACGUUAAGCCCAACAAGGAUUUAUUAGAAAUUAAGAAAAUUGACCAUUAUACCCCUAAUCACUCGAGAAAUGUAAAGGAUAUUCACGGUUGUGAAACUAAAAAUGUAAUUAAAAUAGAAACGGCAGAAGAUGUGAAACAAGAAUUUGUUGGUUACAAUGUAGAAGAACCGAACUUGAAUCUCGACUUUGAACUUGCCGAUCAAAAUAAAAAAAGGGGAAUAACAAAAAAGUUAACCAAUGAACAUAACCUCAAAACCCACAUGAGUACGGUGCAUAGUGGUGCAGUCCAUACAUGCAAAACAUGUGGAAAGACGUUUAAACACAAGUUUACUCUGAAUAGACACGUUAAAUCAAGGCAUGAUGGUGUUACACAUGCAUGCAAUACGUGCGGAAAGUCAUUCACUCAAAAAAGUUAUCUCAAAACUCACAUCAAUACAGUACAUAAUGGUGUCAAAUGUGCAUGUGACAUAUGCGGAAAAAAAUUUACAAGUAAGGCUAAUCUCAGAAUCCACAUCGAUUCGGUGCACUUAGGUACCACUCAUGCAUGUGAUUUGUGCGAAAAGAAAUUCACAAAGAAGAGUAUUCUUAAAGCCCACAUCGAUAUAAUGCACAAUGAUGUCGCACCUACUUGUGAUACAUGCAGAAAGAAAUUUUUAACGAAAAGCAAUCUCAAACAACAUAUCGAUUCGGCGCACAACGGUGUCACUCACGAAUGUGAUAUUUGUGGAAAGAUAUUUUCAUAUAAAGGUAAUCUCAAAACUCACAUUGACGCAGUGCAUACUAAAAUCACUCAUGAAUGUGUUGUAUGUGGAAAGAAAUUCAAAAGUAAGAAUUAUCUCAAAAUCCAUAUCAUUCCGGCGCACGAUGGUGUUAAAUAAACAUAUAUGCAUGUGAUAUUAGCGGCAAGACAUUCAAAGGAAAAGAUAUUCUUCAAAUCCAUAUAAAUUCGAUUCAUAAAAAGAUUUCGCAUGCAAUCAUUUUAUGCGGAAAAUCAUUUGUUUGUAAAUUUAAUCUCAGAAAACACGUUAACGCGGUACAUAAUUAAAUUGCACAUUUCUGCGAUAUACGCGGAAAGAUGUUUAUAUAAGGGUCAUCUGAAUAGGCA